AUGAUUUUCAUUGCCCCUUUCCAGUGCAAGCUCCCUUCCCACUACUAUCACAUCAUGUUUGAUAACAGGAAGAUCAACGACAAACAAAAAUACAAGUCGUUGGUCGAUAACGACGCCUUGAGCAAUGUGGACGGGCUGGGCAAUCUCACAAGCAUCGGUGGCUACUUGUACAUUGGUAGUAAUGCCGUCUUGAGCAAUGUGGAUGGACUUGGCAAAAUCACAAGCAUCGGCGGCUACUUGGGCAUUGACAGUAAUGCUGCCUUGAGCGAUGUGGAUGGACUAGGAAAUGUCUCAAGCGUCGGUGGCGGCUUGUACACUACUGGUAAUACUGCCUUAAGCGAUGUGGAUGGACUAGGCAAUGUCUCAAGCAUUGGCGGCGAGUUGUACAUUGGUGUAUGUUGUCUCGAAAGCGCGUGUCGCCGUCAACUGUAG